AUGGAGGAAGACAACAUACCUGAACUUCUACUUCCUCAUACAUCUCUUGUUUCAGAUGCUUAUGCUCUAGGAUUGGUAGUCUUUGCAUCUGGUUUUGCAAAUGACAAUACUUUAAGCUAUCAUUACACCUACGAUCCUGUGGUUGAAUCGGUCUUCUCUGUCAUGGCCCUUCCCCGUUCAAGGUUCCUUCUCAUCUUCCUUGUUCACAUUCUUGCUCAUAUCUGCAGAUCACCUACAACUUCACUCAACAGCACCUUUCUCUUCAACCGCUUCUGCCCCUCAGACCUGAACCUAUCCGACUCUGCAACUGUUACGAGAACGGGGGCUCUUUCCCUGACCAACGGUCACCUUGCCACGAAUCCAGUUCUCGGAGUCAGCGGCCAUGGCUUCGCAUUCGUCCUGGCGCCAGAGAGGAAGAGGAAGCUCACGUCUGAGAAGAUAGAAGGAUGGGAGAUGGACUACCCACAUAGGCUCCCCUACAAGAAAAUCUACAGGGCAACUAAAGGUUUCAAGGAAGAGUUGGGGAAAGGAGGCUUUGGCAGUGUCUACAAAGGUGUGCUGCCCAGAAGCGGAAUCGAGGUUGCAGUGAAGAAAGUCUCACAUUGUUCAAAGCAGGGGAUGAGGGAAUUUGUGGCAGAAGUGUCAAGCUUGGGGAGGAUGAGGCACAAAAACGUGGUCCAAUUGCAUGGUUGGUGUAGACGAGGCGAAGAUCUACUCCUGGUUUAUGAGUUCAUGCAGAACAGGAGUCUAGACAGUCAUCUUUUUGGGACGAAAGGGAGCAGGCUGAGUUGGGAACAAAGGUUCAAGAUUCUAAAGGGAAUUGCUUUCGGCUUGCUGUAUCUUCACGAAGAGUGGGAGCAAGUGGUCGUGCAUAGAGAUGUUAAAGCGAGUAAUGUUUUGUUGGAUGGUGAUCUAAACGGCAGGUUGGGUGAUUUUGGGCUUGCCAGACUCUAUGACCAUGGUACCAAUCCCAAGACUACCCACGUCGUUGGUAGUCUAGGUUACAUGGCGCUGGAGCUCUCUCGCACCAACAAAUCCACGAUGAGCUCCGAUGUGUACUCAUAUGGUGCCUUGCUCCUAGAGGUGGCCUGUGGAAGGAGGCCAAUUGAGCCCGAAAGGCCCUCUGACGAGAUGAUUCUGGUGGAGUUGGUCCACUCUAUGUGGAAAGGUGAUCGAAUACUGGAUGCCAUGGAUAAAAGGCUCGGAACGAGCUUUGUCGUCGAGGAAGCAGAGCUUGUGCUGAAGCUUGGCCUGCUCUUUUCACAGAGUGCACCUGAAUCAAGGCCAAACAUGUGGCAGUUGAGUCAGUUUCUUAAUGGGGAUGUGCCGCUACAAGAUCUAGAACACCAGAAUCUGGGUAUCCACGAUCAAGGCAUGAACCAACUCCUUCUGCAGUAUCCAUCUUCGGAUCAGGGAUCGUCAACUUCGGCAAGCUCAGUCUCAUCCGAGAAGGCAUUGUCAACCUCAUGA